AAUCGAAGCUGAUCAUCUGCUGUACGGAGCGGUAUUCCAUGCAGGGGUCUUUUCCCGAUCUCCAUGAUCUCCAUCACAAGAUGAACGGGAGUUGGUGUGGUGGAGACGACUGCGACAUCCCGAGGGUGGGAGAUAAUGGAUCGUCAUACGAUCCCAUUCCCACUCUCCCGGCUGAUCUCCAGUUCAACGAUACUCACAUGAUCCAGAUCGUUUGUGGCAUCUUCCUCAUCACCUUCUCAGGAAUCGGAAACAUCUUCGUGCUCUUCAAUCUCAGGAAGAGAGGAAGACCAUUGUCACGGGUGAAUCUUCUCAUAGCCCACUUGAGCACGGCGGAUCUAAUCGUGACAUUCAUCAUGAUUCCCAUUGAGACGGCCUGGGCCAUCACGGUGUCUUGGAGAGCGGGAGACGUCAUGUGCCGCCUGAGUGCUUUCUGUCGCGCGUACGGAAUCUACGUCUCGGGUUUCAUCAUCACCAGCAUCAGCCUAGACCGAUACUUCGCCAUCAUGAAACCAUUGACGAUGGCGGUCUUUCACGUGGAACACCAUCCGAACUACACGUGGUUCGAGCAAUGCGUCGCUUUCAACUUCUUCCCAACGCGGGAGCUGGAGAUUUUCUAUAAUCUGGUCUGCAUGGCAGUCAUGGUCGGGGUACCUCUGUUCAGCAUGGCCAUCUGCUACGGAGCUAUCCUCGUUCGUCUCUACAAGAGAUCACGUGAUGGCAUCACUGGAGAGGAUAGCGGAUCUCAAGAGAGAGUUGCGGGAAUCAUCGGAAGAGCGAAAAUCAAAACUUUGAAAAUGACCGUCCUCUUGGUGCUAACCUUCUUCUUCUGCUGGACCCCCUACAACAUCAUGACCAUCUGGUACUUCGUGGACAGCGAAAGUGCUCGAGCCGUGGAUCCUCGCCUGCAAAAAGCCUUGUUCCUGUUCGCUUGCGCAAAUUCCUGUCUGAAUCCCCUCGUUUACGGAGCUUUCAAAUUACACGUGAAGAGACAGCGCUUCCGACUCAACCUCCAUCCUUCCAAAGGUCGGAGGCGGCGACGAAAAUCGGAGUUCCCGGUCGUAUGGAAGGCGAAUAACACGAAUUCCUCCAGUGCAGGAGGGGGCGGAGUCGGAGGUGGGGCAGGUGGAAGGAGGCCUCCCUCUCGCAAUGGAGCUGCUCCGCCUGCAUCCGCUCCACCUGCCAUGCAAUAUCCUCACAGUCCACACGAGCAUAUCGCCAUCGAUCUCCACGAAUGGCCUCAUCCCCGAGACUUCCUCUGA